AUGGCCGACAGUUCGAAAGCCCCUCUUCCUUUCAGAGACAGUGCUCUUUCAUUCAAGAGGGAGUACGCAGAGUCUCUAGAUGCUCAGGAUCCGCUUCGCGAAUUUAGGAAUCAGUUCAUCAUUCCCUCAAAAGCAGAUCUAAAAAGAAAAUCCCUUGCCGUUGCCGAAGGAGAAAGCCCAUCUUCGGAUUGCAUAUACCUUUGUGGAAAUUCCCUUGGCCUUCAACCCAAAAAUGCUCGCACGUACAUUGAUCGAUUUUUACAAACAUGGGCGACCAAGGCCGUUCUUGGACACUUCACUAAGCUCGAAGACUCCCCUUUCCCUCCGUACAUGGACUACGAUGAUGUUACGUCGAAGCUGAUGGCUCAGGUCGUGGGAGCGCUUCCGAGCGAAGUGGCCGUUAUGAGCACGUUGACAGGCAAUUUGCACCUUCUUAUGGCGAGCUUUUACCGCCCGACAAAGGAGAAGUAUAAGAUUAUUCUUGAAGGGAAGGCUUUCCCUAGUGAUCAUUAUGCCGUGGAGUCUCAAAUUCGGCAUCAUGGUUUCGAUCCGAAAGAUGCUAUGGUGCUAAUCGAGCCGAAGGACCUUAAAGAGCCUGUCCUUCCGACAGAAAGGAUACUGAAAACCAUCGACGAGCAUGCAUCCAGCACUGCUCUCAUCUUACUCCCCGGCAUCCAGUAUUACAGCGGCCAGUAUCUUGAUAUUCCAACUAUUACAGCCCAUGCGCACUCCAAGGGCCUACUUAUAGGAUGGGACUGUGCACAUGCUGCUGGAAAUGUUGAAUUGAAGCUCCACAAUUGGGAUGUGGACUUUGCCGCUUGGUGUACGUAUAAAUACAUGAAUUCAGGCCCUGGUUCCAUGGGAGCUCUGUUCGUGCAUGAAAAACACGGCCAAGUCAACCUGGAGAAUAAAGAAGAUCCAUACAGACAUCGCCUAACGGGCUGGUGGGGCGGGGAUAAGAGCCUGAGAUUUCUCAUGGAUAAUAAUUUUGUUCCUCGCCCUGGUGCGGCUGGAUUCCAACUUUCGAACCCUUCGGUCCUUGAUAUGACUGCUGUACUCUCUUCUCUCGACAUUUUCGACAAGGCUACUAUGCCUGCGCUUCGAAAGAAGUCCCUUGAGUUAACUGCAUAUCUGGAACAUUUACUCCUCAACUCCCCGGAGGGUGUCCGACCCAGCGGCGAUCCAUUCUCGAUUAUUACUCCAUCUGAUCCUGAAGCACGGGGUGCGCAGCUGAGUGUGCUAUUGAAGCCCGGGCUUCUCGACAGCGUAUUUAGUCAUCUCGUUGACAAUGGUGUUAUCCUGGAUGAAAGAAAACCUGAUGUCAUCCGUGUCGCUCCAGCACCACUAUACAACACAUUCACAGAUGUGUGGGAUUUCGUUCAGAUUUUCUUUGAUGCCUGCCGCAAGGCAGCUCAGGAAAAGGAUACAACAAGUUAG